AUGACUACCGACUUCUCUAUCCGCGCGGCAUAUGCGCAGAAGAUCUUGCGUGAGCAUGUCCUUCAGAAGUUUAAUCUUCAGCAUGGUACCAAUCGCGAUGAGUUGCCUGAGCUUCCUCCUCAGAACAGUGCACCAAAAGCCCCGCCCAUUCCUGGAACUAUUGGCAUCAUAGGUGCCGGAACAGCUGGCCUUCAGGUUGCUCUUAUUCUUCUCGCCUGCAAUAUCACCAAUUUUGAGAUGUUGGAAGCGUCUGAUGACGUGGGUGGCCGUGCUCAUACGAUCAAAUUUCCAAAAGACGAAACCUGUCCUCACAAUUACUAUGAUGCCGGUGCCAUGAGGAUUCCUGACAUUGGCGGCAUGGACAGGCAUGUCUACAACUGGCUAGGACUGAGAGAAAAGAAGGUUACAUACAAUUACACUAAUAAAAAGGAGCCGAGCAUGUAUCUCUACCAAUCCAACAUCGGUGAUGUGGAGAAGCGCAACGCAAAAAUUGAUGAAAGAUUCAAGAACGUGAUGAGGGCCAAAGGGGUCGGAGAAGGCUUUCUUAACGCAAAGACUGAGACAGAGUUUGAAGCGGCUUUCGAAGAGUUCUUGGAUGGUUUAAAGGACAACUUCAGCACACGAAGCUUUUUAAUGACAGGACUAGGCCUUAUUGAUCCAUUCCGACGUCUCUUCUCCUACGGAGAAACGGUGGUUGCAGAAACAUUUGAAACAUCCACUGGCCUAUUUGACCAAGCUCUUCUCGAGACCAUCAUCGAUUUCUGUGACUUCGAAGCGACUAAGGAUGUAAAAUGGUACCGCAUGGAGGGUGGAAUGAGUACUGUCCCUUAUGCGAUGCGCGACUACAUCUUGAAACAAACACCGAAUGCCAUAGAAUGGAAUGCACCGGUUGUCGCACUCGCAGACAGCGGCUCCAUGAUAACCGCUACUCUCCAGAACGGCACCAAGCGCCAGUACACCUAUGUCUUCAACACAACUCCCAUGAGCUGUCUCGGACAGAUGGACUUGUCCGGAUUGAAUAUUGGCCCACUGAGUGCGAUGUCCACUAUAGAUCAGAAUCCCCUCACAGCCAUCCGAACGCUUGCCUACGACAGAGCCACAAAAGUUGCCAUCAAGUUCAAGACGCCUUGGUGGGAGACGAUCGUCCCCGAUGGUGGAGUCUCCAACACUGAUCUGCCCAUCGGCAAUGUGGUUUACCCUUCCUGGAAUGAUGGCAGCGACACACCCCACGUAAUCAUUGUCUCCUACACCUGGGCUCAAGACGCAACUCGUAUGGCCUCGCUUAUCACCGACGCGUCUAAGUCAGGAGAAUACAAUCCCGACGAUUAUCUCGUGCAACUCUGCUUCAGAGACCUUGCUCUCCUGUGGAAAGACCACGGCGGGCCAAGCGCAAGUGACCUGGAAAAAAGCUAUGAAGCGCAUUCCGCCUGGUCGUGGUCCCAGAAUCCUUGGUCCUGUGGCGCAUACGCUCUGUUUGCCCCGGGUCAAUUCAAACACAUGUACAACACUUUCACGAAGCCGUUGUGCAAUAACAAGCUAAUGGUCUGUGGAGAGGCCAUCAGUGCACACCACGCCUGGAUAUCUGGCGCACUUGACAGCGCGUACAACGCUUGUCUGGCGUGGGCACAUGCAAUCGACUCUACUGGCGGCCUCGCGAAUGCGAUAACAGCGACUCCCUUUGGUGGCGGAAAAGACCAUGACACAAAGGAAUAUGACUCGAACUUGUGGCGUCAUCAUGUGGCUCUUUCGUAG